AUGGUGGGCUCCAUAGUGAACGGGAACGACGUGCAGAGUCUGGGAGAGAGAGAGAGAGAGAGAGAGAGAGAGAGAGAGAGAGAGAGAGAGAGAGAGAGAGAAAGAGAACAAAAAGAACGAGCAAACGAAAAAGACAAGGAAGACAGAGAGAAAGAGAGAGAGAGAGAGAGAAGACAGAGAGACACAGAGAGAGACAGAGAGAGAGUGAGAGACAAAGAGAGAGAGAGAGAGAGAGACAGA